GUUCGAACCGCGGCCGCCGCGUCCGAACCACACUCCGACCCACUCCGGUGCACGUCGCCGUCCCGCGAGAGCCAGACCAAGUGUCCGCCGGUGUGUUCGAGUGCUCCGCCACCGGGCUGUGUCCGUUUCCGUUGCCGCUUCCGCUGGACAGCCGCCGCCGACGACAGGUGCCAAAACGGCAAUAGGAAAAACCGAAAACACAUAACCCGGGCGCUCUCCGUUAUUAAACGCGUGUUUAACAAGUGGCAGAGUGCUAUGUUGCUAGUGAUGCUGUAGUGAUCCUCCGGAACCCGCUGAGUCGCCAUGUUGUCGUACAUGCUGCCGGUGGACGAGAAACCGCCCCCGGGCCCCGGCAAGAACCACUUGCAGCUGGCCCUGGGCGGCGAGCAUCACGUGGUCAACGGCAGGGCGACGUCGACGCCCAUGAGCAAGGACACGAGCGUCAGCAGUUUCGCCAGUGAUGCCACCACGGCGACAGCGAGUCACAGCUCCAUGACGCCCACCAGCACCAGCACCGACAAGGGCAAGCCCAAGUUGAUGGUGAAUGGGAAACAUCCUCUUAAAAGAGUUUCCUUUGGAAGUUCGAAGGGCUCAAUGGUGGAGACCCUCAUUUUCGAAAGCCCUGUACAAGAAGAACCCGAGCCAAGUCCAAUUCCAGAGAACGGUGACGCCAAUCCUUUCCCAGAGGACCAGGAUCAAACCGAAGCCGAACGGGAGAAAGUCCGGGUGAAAUUCUUCCAGCAGUCCAAGCCGCAGGAGGUCGACCUGCCGGAUGAGCCAGCCGUAUUCGCCGACACCGACUACAUGAUGGCGACGCAAGUGGUAAUGACCGAAUCGAAUCACGUGGUUUACACCAGAACUGAAAGUACUGAAAGCGGUUGGGACAACCCCUUCCGACCGGGCGGCGACCUGAGCCGCGAGGCGGACGAGAUCGUCGAGCUGAUAAAGGGCGGCAAACCGAUAACGCCGACGCCCGGCGGCCAAUCGCCGCCCCCGCUGCCGUCGCUGGACCAAACCGACGCCGACCAACACAACAACGUGACGCCGAACAACGUCGAGCCGACGCUGACCAAGGCCAGUCCGAACAAGGCGGCCGCCCUGAACGCCGCCCCGAAAAGUGCCAACGGCAACGUGAAAAACGACAAACCGUCGCCGCCGGGGGCGGUCGACGUGCAGAGGGGGACGAUCCGGCCGGACGGCGACGCCUCGCAGGUCGAGCACGUCACAAUAAAAAAGAAACCGAAGUGCAAGUGCUGUGUUAUACAAUAAUUGGUGACCCUCGAGAUAGCCAAUAGACUUGUUACUGUUAAAUAUUUCUAGGGUUAAGGAGUGAUGUAAAAAGUUUAAGUUGUUUAGUCCUUGUCUAGAGCAGUAAGAAACUCAUGUGAUAGAAAAUGGUUAUUUUUAAUAAAUAUCUGUCCCCCUUUUAGUUAUUACACUUACUCCUGCUGAAGUGUUGGCCAAUUAAUUGAGUUGUCAGUCAGUAAAGUACCAAGAAUUUUCAAUAAUUGUUUAUUGAAAAUGUCCAGUAAAUAUUCCUGACGCCACUCUUGGAACCACCAACAUGAUUUUGUACAGCCUCUCAUUUAACUUGUAUGAGAAACUGAUUGAUCUUAGUUUUACAGCAACAUUCACAGUCGAUUCAUCAAUAAAUUACCUUUAAAAUUUCCGUGCCAAAUUCCAAUCUAACGUCAGUUAUCACUUUGUACUUUUAUAUUGAUAUAUUUAGACCAAAAACUAAGACGUUACUUUCCCAUACAACGAAAACAUUUGAUGCCUUAAAGUAGUUAGACACCAUUUGUUAAGUAACUGUGUUUUAUCACUGACAAAAGAUUGAUAUUAAUAAAAGUGAUAAACAUGGACCAACUUAGUCUUUUUUCAUCUAAACAAGCUAAAAUGCUUUUUUAAAAAGCUUAAACCAGUCACACAAAUACUAUCUCUAGUGCUACAUUCAGUUCCAGUGAAAGCUUCAAACCAGAAUCUCGACUUAAAAAAAAAAUAAAAACGGAUCUUUGUGGUAUCUUUAAAUAAAAAUAAGGGUAGCUAACGGAAAUUGUUGUUUUAUUUUAAGUUAUCCAAUGCUGGAGCACCAAUUUAUCCGAUACGCACAUUUAUUAUUGUAAACUUGAAAGUUUUACUAGUACUAAUAGAGUAGUUUGUAUCUUUAUGUUGUGCUUUAAGAAUUAAAAUUAGAUUGUCGUGUACAUCUAUGAAAUUGUACAAUUUAUUAAAUUGUUUCUUUUUUAUUUUGUGGACAUCUAGUCAAAGAAACAAAGCCUUGCCAUUAGAUGGCAACUUUUUUCUUAUUUAGUGUUAUGUGUUAAAAAAACAUAAAAAAUACAAAAAAAAAAACAUUCCAAAUCUUAAUUUAUUUGAUAGUUUAAUGUUUACAAUAAUAAAUGUAUUUUAGUACCUGUCACAACGUCGCUUAACUUAAAAGUUAAAAUAAAACAGCAACAAAUUCUAUACAUAUGUUACAUACUAUAUAUAUAUACAUAAAUAUAUAAAUAUUAUAAGGAAUAUGAAGAAAUAGUAUUAACUUGGCUGAUGUGCGUUCAUUCUAAAUUAUUUCAUCAAUUAUAUUAAUACUUACUUAGUUUUAAGUAUUUUAUAUAAAAAUUAACCAACACCCACAUACUUUGUUUUAUAUAAAUAUAAAGAGAAUAAAAGUAUAAGUUACAAAAGUGUGUUUUUAUUGGAUUCAAGAACAAGCUGUUCUCUUGACAUUCAUUUAAAACAACGACAUAUCCGACUCCUCAAAUAAGACAGACUCAAUGCAACCUAAAACAUAUCUGAUCAUUCAGAGUUUCAGCCCUCAGAGAACAUCUUUUUCAGUCUUUAAUUGAGUGUACAAUACAGAUCCAAUGCGUUUAGCUUUUUUAGAGUGCGUCCACGUUGAGAGAGAGAGUGUAAAAUUAUUUUUAUAUAAGAGUUGAUGUACCUAAUUAAGUGUAAUAAUUGCCAUGCAACUUUGAGCCCCUACGUUGCGUGUGAUAAAGUCAAAUUUCCAUGGCAAGCAGCUUUGUUAAAACAAUAGGUGUUUGUGUGUCUGGCUAUAAAUAAAUAAAAAAAAUGAUGGAAAUCAAAAUAAAGAUUCAACAUUUUAUUUUGAUACGAGGUAACGUGAAAAGGACACCCAAAACAUAUUUUCAUUAGACUCAUUCGACAGUAUUGGGUGGUGAGAUUGUCUAUAUUUAAUAUUUUUAGAAGUAAUACUACUAUAACGUCCUUGAUUUACUUGGGUGGUGCGGCAAACACAUAAGUUUUAUUUAAUUUAUUAUUAUUAUUAAAGUUUCGUUGUCCAAUUUUAUAUAAUUUAUUUAUAUAUAUUUAUAUAUAGUAGGCUAAACUUUGACGCACCACUCUGUAUAAUAUGUGUAUGUAAAAAUUGCAGCUUCAUAUGCUUAAAGUGUAUAGAUAUUAGACUGUACAUUUCAUGAUGUUUAAUAUUUGUCUCCCACUUUUUUAACUGAUAAUUAUUACUAUAUUCAAUUUUAUUAAUUUUCUUUAUAAAGAAAAUAUUUUAUUUGUUUCGUGUAUUAUAUUGUAUUAUAAAUUAACCUAAUUUGUAUACAAAGCCACAAUAAAUAAUUUUGUGAUGUACACAA